CCGUUGGCCUUGCGUUGCGCGAUUGGCAAGUACCGACUGACCUGACCGACAGAGCGACGAUGAAACGAUGAACGACGUUGCAAAAGUUGCCGACGUCUUGCGGGAGCAGUCAGUGUAAUAUAGCGUGAAAUGAAAUCAAGUAUAUAAAAAAUCAGGCUUUUUCCCAAGAAAUAUACUGUUUAUCAAAAUUUCCAUUGCUUCUCUCUUAAAGCAUUACGGACCUCUUAUAUAAAAUUACGAAAUGAUUUCUUUGCAAUCUCACAAUCAGGUACUAUAUCAUCUGACCCAAUUCACUUCUGCUAUUACACCAAGAUCGGCCACACCAUUGUCAGCUCAAGUAAAGCAAAAAAAUGAUUCUAUAAACAAGAAGACUGAGGAUAUACUUUGUCAAAGCAGUUUUUCGGAGGCGGUUAAAAGCUGCAAUGAAUUAGCCUUGGAUAAAUUAAAUAUACAAAAUUUAAUAACUCCUUUGAGGAUCAGCAGAAAUGAUGUAUGGGAUAUCUUGGAACAGCUCUCUAAAACAGAAAGUUCUGAAAUUGGAAGAAAAAACAACAAAUGGAAGGUAUCCUAUGUUUCUGGUUCUAGCUUCGCAGAAAAUAAGAGAGGCUUGUCUACAUCGCAACUAUCUGAUAGUAAUCAGCUGAAAACGGUUUAUUUUUUUAUCAAACCACAACGACGAUUUUUACGAAAAUUUUGUUCUUUAACAAUACACCCCAAUAGUGCAGCACAAGUUAGAUAUUUCAAAACAGACCGUAGCAUUAAAGCUGAACUUGAUCGAAAUCCUACAUUAAGUACUCGAAUACGAAAAUGGAUUGGUUUAAACACCCAAUCAGAUAGCAAGCUGGGAGAAUUGUCUGGUGAUGAGGCAAUAAGCAAUGCAGCAAAUAGAGAAUAUCGGGAUAUAGAAAAAUUGAGUAAACUGCUAGGCGAUAAGUAUGCCAAACUUGACGAACCACAGCGAAUUAAAGUAGCUUUUGGUGAAGGUUACCUAGCUGGCCGAAAUCAAAAACCUUUUGGACGAGUAUACAAAGUAUUAAAAUUUUCACAGCAGAUUAUAACAACUGUUAUAGUUCUUAUAAUUUUUAUUUUUUUUAUAGGUGCGUAUAAAUCAACAACAGAAGGAAGUAUGUUCAAAAUGAAACUUGGGAAUAAGUCACAAGUCGAUCCAGAAGAAAUUAAUGUAAAAUUUAAUGAUGUAAAGGGGGUAGAAGACGCCAAGUCCGAGUUAAUGGAUGUUGUGGAAUUUUUGAGAAAUCCUGAUAAAUUUUCAGCUCUUGGUGGAAAAUUGCCGAAAGGAGUAUUACUUGUUGGUCCACCGGGAACAGGUAAAACUCUCUUAGCUCGAGCCGUAGCAGGGGAAGCUGGUGUGCCUUUCUUUUAUGCAGCUGGACCAGAAUUUGAUGAAAUAUUUGUUGGUCAAGGAGCCCGUAGAGUAAGAGAUUUAUUCAAGGCUGCCAAGGAACAUGCUCCUUGUGUAAUUUUUAUAGAUGAAAUAGAUUCAGUUGGAGCAAAACGUACAAAUUCUGUUAUACAUCCACAUGCUAACCAAACUAUUAACCAGCUUCUUUCAGAAAUGGAUGGAUUUCACCGAAAUGAGGGAGUAAUUGUAAUAGGAGCAACUAAUAGGCGUCAAGAUCUCGAUAAAGCGUUAUUAAGGCCUGGCCGUUUUGACUCAGAAGUUACAGUAAAAGCACCAGACUUGAUGGAGCGCAAAGAAAUCAUAGAUUUAUAUUUAGGAAAAGUUCUCACUCGCGACGUUAAUGCCGAGCUGUUAGCAAAACGAACUAUUGGAUUUACCGGUGCCGAUAUAGAAAAUAUGAUCAACCAAGCUGCCUUACGAGCUGCUAUUGAAGGUGCUGAAUAUGUGACGAUGGAUCAUUUAGAACGUGCUAAAGAUAAAGUUAUAAUGGGACCUGAAGGUAAAAAGAAAAUUCUAGACGAACAAGAAAAUCGUCUAACUGCGUAUCAUGAAGGAGGUCACGCACUAGUAUCGUAUUUUACGAAAGAUGCUGUGCCUUUGCAUAAAGUCACAAUUUUACCGCGAGGACAAGCAUUAGGAUAUACCCAGUCUCUUCCCAACAAAGACACACAUUUGAUGACCAAAGCACAAAUGCUUGCAAGUAUGGAUGUGUCUAUGGGUGGUCGUGCCGCAGAAGAGCUUAUAUUUGGACAAGAUCAAGUUACAUCCGGAGCUUCAAGUGAUUUUGUGAAUGCUACAGCAAUUGCAGAAGAAAUGGUUCGGGUGUAUGGCAUGUCGGAAAAGUUUGGAUUCAGGGUAAUUAGAUAUCCAGGAGAGGAGGGUGGUAUCGAUUACAGUGCGAGCACAAAAGAGUUAAUUGAUAAUGAAGUUAGACGACUUUUACAGGAAUCAUACGACCGAGCUAAAGCAAUUUUAAAAAAUCAUAGUAAAGAACACAAGCUAUUAGCUGAGGCAUUGUUAAAAUAUGAAACUUUGGAUGCAGAAGAUGUCAAGACACUCGUAAGUGGAAAAAAAUUGCGACACGAAACUGCCAACGAUGUGAACCGAACGGUCGUCGACGUACCGAAUAACAUCAUGUAAAAUAUAUAUUGUUUUGGACCGGUGUCAUUAUUUUCGAGAAUAUUGCUUUACUUUGAUAAUUUCAUUUAACUCUAGACUGCUUUUUUAUUAAAAGAAAAAAAUUAUUCAAUCUUGUAUAAUAACGGAAAAUAUGUUGAACACAUUCCACAAGUACACUUGCAAAAUUAAAAUGAUAUACAUUUCUCUCUAUAUUAAUAUGUUAAAUUACUUGAACAGUCUAGAUUUCAGGCAACAUCAUAUCAUUAUAUCUUGAAAGCACAUGUUCUCUUUCUAACCGACUUGACAUCAUAUACUAUAAUAAAAAAGCAGAUUGUAGGUCAUUAUCUGCGUUAUGCAUAUAUAAUAUAAGUCUAAAUCAAUUACAAUCUAUUUAUAAAAAAAUUAAUUUAAAAACUGUUUAAACCAUUGAAAACUAUAUAUAUAUAAUUUUUACAGUUAAAAAAAUGUAAAUCAUACGUUUUUGAUUACUUGUUUAUAGUUUCAAAAAUUAUUAAAGCAAUAAUUUAAAAAGAAUGAUAUGCUUUUUAUGAUUUAUAUAUAUGAUAGUUUACUGCAAAUAAUGAGGCGUUUUCAUUUUCAAAACAAGUGUUCAUCUUUUUAAUAACUAGUUAGUAGUACCCUUUUUAACCGACCAAUCAGACGACAAACCGAACAGAUAAAGUGAUCGAAACUUUUAGGUAUAGAAUUACUUUCAAAAAGCUCCUACUUAAAAACUAGAACAAGUUAAUGAUUUUUGGCUCCAGAAACGUAAUAAUUGAUUUGGAUCUUGUUUCAAAAACAAUACGUGCAUUAAUUUUAGGCCAUACAAUAUUAACGUUUUAUUUAUCAUAUAUAUAUAUAUAUUAAUUAUAAAUUAUAAAAAAUUAUAUAUAUUUAUUUAUUCAUAUAUAUAUUUAUAUUUCUUAGACUUAGCGUAUUCCUAUCUACGUUUUUUCUACCUCAAGAACGUUAUUCAACUAUUAUAUUAUCACUACUCAAGUUUACAAUUCUAUAAACAUUCGUGCAAAUUAUCUAUUGCCGGUGCUUUUUUAAAAUUCAUUUUAUAAUAAAUUUUUUGUCUGAAAAUUAUUGAUUGAAUGGUCCAGGAAAAAUCUGGCUUUUCGCAAUACUCGUAACAACGUUGGAUUCUAGCAGUUGUUUUUCCGAGUUCAUGGCCAUGAUUUUUACAGAUUGUACGUACGAUUCGUUUGGAAAAUCUAGAUACAUUUACAUAACUUGGGGUCGCUGAUUUGAUGCUUCGACAGAAUGGCUUAAAACUGCAAGAAUGCACCAGAUUUGUUCUACAUUUUUGACUUGGCAUCAGACAUACAUACAUUCGUAUAAAACAAUCAAGUAAAAAAUAAAUCAAAUAAUCAAGAGAAUAUGUACAUUUCCAUACAUAUCUAUAAGCACUCAUGCAAAUAUCACAGUUUACUAAAUCAUCAAUACAAAUAAUAAUAAUAAUAGGUUUCUCAUCUUUGCAUUAUAUUAUCAGUAGCGCAUGUUCGUACUAUAUAAAUAGAAUGUGUUUUGUACAAACACAAAUAUUCGACAUUCGUUUAUUUUUUCUUUUUUUUGUUUGAAAAAUUUCUUUUUUAAAGCUCAAAGUACGCUAUUUGUUAUGAUAUAAAGGUUGACUAUAUUCGCUCAGUACGUGUUUAAAAUUUCAAAAUUAAAAGUUUAUUGAAAAAUGUGCUAUUUUGUUUAAAAAUAAUGCCUAUCAAGAAUUAUAUUAUAAUAUCAGACGCAAGUGCGUUGACUUUAGCUGUAUGUAUAUUAUAUAUGCAGCACGUAACACUAAUAUGAUGGAAAUAAACUGCUUUUUACGAUUUAUUAUAAAAAUACAAAUGAAAAG